CUGCAACUGUCCGCUACCCUUCACUCUCUCCAUAAAUACCACACCAAGUACGAUCACAAGCACUGAGUGAGAAGCUAACUGUGAUCACUUGCUUUUACACAGAGAGAGAGAGAGAGAGAGAGAGAGAGAUGGCAAAUGGGUAUGUUCUAGUGUUUAUGGUUGCAUUGAUACUAGUUCAUGCAAGUGCAAGGACUGUGCCAAGUACCAAAACAACUAGUGUCAAUGAUGAGCAAACUAACGCUGUGAAUGUGCCUAAUGCCAGCGCAGCUAGAGGAAAGGGUGUCAAGGAUAAAAAGUGUGGUGUCAUCUUCGCUGGCGUUGGCGGCGCAGCCGGGGUUGGUGGUGCUGCUGGGGUGAUUCCGCUUGGUGGCAUCGGUGGAAUUAGUGGACUUGGAGGUGGUGCUGGUGGGCUUGGUGGCAGUGCGGGCAGACUCGGUGGUGGUGCUGGUGGACUUGGUGGUGGCGCAGGUGGGCUUGGUGGUGGUGCAGGUGGGCUUGGUGGAGUAGGAGGUGUAGGUGGUGCAGCAGGUGGUGGCGCAGGUGGAGUUGGGGGUGGAGUUACACCCUAGAUUUUCUUAAUUUUAAUAAUGCAUUUAUUUGUGGUUAUUUUGCUAGUAGGUCUAUUGUUGGUGUUUUGGUUAUGGUAAUUAGCAGAAGCCCUUGUUUUUUUUUUUGCUAUGAAUUAACUUAUGUUUCUAAGUCA